CGUUUGCGAAUGCGCUGGCCAGUUAACCUGUGGCGGCUCGGCCUAAAGCUUAUUCAAGGUAAAGGGAAGCCCGGUAGCCCUUUAUCCUGACGCAUGGCCGAGGAGGAGAGGAGUAAGCGAGUUCUGAACGUCAAUGUUGGCGUGCUAGGUCAUGUGGAUUCUGGAAAAACAAGUUUAGUGGCUGCCCUAUCGGCUCAACUUUCAACAGCGGCUCUCGACAAACAUCCGCAAAGCAAGGAGCGUGGCAUAACGCUGGACCUGGGAUUUUCGGCAUUCACGGUGCCCCUACCGCCCCACUUGGCGCACCUGCCGUACGAUGAGCUGCAGGUGACGCUGGUGGACUGCCCGGGCCACGCCUCACUCAUCCGCACCAUCAUCAGCGGAGCGCAGAUUAUCGACAUGGCCCUGCUGGUCGUGGAUGUCACAAAAGGCAUGCAGACGCAAACCGCCGAGUGUCUGGUGGUGGCGGAGGUGGCAACCAGCCGCUUGCUGGUGGCGCUGAACAAGGUGGACUUGCUGCAGCCCCCCGAGGAGCGACCCCGGGCGAUGCGGAGGGCCACCAAGCGACUGGGGCAGACCUUUGCACUCACCAAGUUCGCGGGGGCCAGCAUGCUGCCUGUGGCCGCAAAGCCGGGCAGCCCCCCCGACGCUGCCCCGCUGGGUGUUGAGCAGCUUCGCGCGGCGCUGGUGGCGCUGGUGGCGCCCACUCCGCGGCCCUGGGACGGGCCGCUGCUGCUCGCCGUGGACCACUGCUUCCCCAUGCGGGGGGUGGGAACCGUGAUGACAGGGACAGUACUGCAGGUUCGUCCCGUCAAGUCCAUCCAGGUGUUCCGGCGGCCGGUGUCCCGGGCGCAAGCGGGCGAGCGGGUGGGGGUGUGCGUCACGCAGCUGGACGCGGGCCUCAUGGAGCGGGGGCUGGCGUGUGCGCCGGGGACGGUGCCCAGCUUCCGGGGGGCGAUAGCGGCGGUGGAAAAGAUACGCUUCUAUGCGGGCCGCGUCCCCAGCCGCUCCAAGUUCCAUGUGACGGUGGGCCACUCUACCCUCAUGGCCCACCUGACCUUCUUCGGCACCCCGGACGGCAACGGACUGCCCCCAGCUGCCGCGCUGGCGGCCAUGAUGGGCAACCUGGCGGCCAUGACGACGCCAGCAGCAGUGGGGGAGCCGACUCAUGGGUCGGCUGGCGCAGGGGCGGCAGGGACCGUGCUGGGACUGAUGUUCGACUUUGAUAGGGAUUACAUUUGCCAGGAGGAGCUGUACGGCUUAGAAGGGCGACCUCUGGCGGAUGCAGCGGAUGCAGUGGCAGCGGGGGGUGGUGGGGCUGCUGUUACGGCAGGACAAUCCGGGGGGGCCCAGGCCAGUGACCUGGACACAGUGGAGCGGCCAGACACAGAGGGUGAGCAGGAGCGGCCGGGUCGUCACUUUGGGCCCCAGUGGGUGCUGCUGCGGUUCGACCAGGCGGUGACCGCACCCAGGAACGCUCUGGUGAUUGGGUCGAAGUUUGAUGCUGGCGUUCAUGGAGAGGCGUGCAGGCUCGCCUUCUACGGGCGCCUGGUGGCCCUGCUGGACCCCACUUGCCCUGACCGUCUGGCCAGACUGCGCGUCUUCAAAGCCAAGAUGCGUGCCGGGGUGCUGGAACGGUUGCAGCCGGAUGGGUGUGGAGGCAUCGUGAGCCAGCUCAUCAAGAAGGAAAGCGACGUGGCCGCGUUUGUGGGGCUCAAGGUGACCACGGGUCGGGGCGAGGAGGGUAUCAUAGAGGGCUCGUUCGGCAAGUCAGGAAAGCUGAAGGUUCAUUUCCCUGGCGGUUUAGCUCCUGAGGGCCGCAGCACUGCAGACAACGUGGUGAUUCUGCGGUGCAAGCGCUACCUGUUCGACCCGGGUGCUGAUUAUGUGGCACGGCAAUAGCAUUGGCCGCGCAAGUAACAGGGGGUUGUCGCUGUGCAACGGCGGUAGCGGCAUAAUUUACGAUGAUGCAGUUGAAGAAAAUGUGUAGGAAAAGUAACAGGCAAUAGUUGUUGGCGGUUGUCGAAGGUGAGAAUGCAAUAGCUGUUGCCGGUUGGCACGAGGUAAGUGGGCACAAGGCGAAGCUGGCUUGUCAUUAAGAGGUAUGGUGAAUGUGGGAUUGGUGCAGGUUGAACAUCCGGGAGUUCUUUGACCGUAGAGUGGUGGCAAUGUGGCGAGUCCGGUGACGCGGAACAUGUGGUUGGGUGGGUUGCGACGUAAGGAAGGUUUGUCUUUUUAUGGUAAUGCAUGUUAAUGCAUGUGAUAUGGAGCGCAUGAUGGCUCUGGCGUUGUAAGCGUACCAAACGUGGCGAGGUCCUGUUUUGGACUGAGUUCGUGUGGUACAUGCGCGAUGGUAUUUUGGUGUUCUCCCAUGCGUAUGGGGGUGGGAACUGUGUCUCUGUGGUUGAGGCAAGAGGGUCUGGUUUCGGGCUGUGUACGACGGGUGAAGGACGUUUUCAGUGGCAGUGUAAGUGAUGAAAGGUGUAGGGCAUAUGUAUGGGCUUCAACUUUUCCUCCACGUGUCCGUCACUUGCGGUUUGUAUGCAAACGUACCCUCAUCCAAGACAGUGCGUGUCUUCGAACAGCAUCUAAAGUAUUAGUGUCCCGGUGCUGCCCUGUAACUUGAAGCAGCCAUGGGUUGUUAUAUUGAUGAACGGGAAGUAGUGGGCUGCGUUCGGUGAUGACACCGACAUGGAAGGGUUCCCUGCUUUGCUUCCAGACUACCAGAAGCUAUGCAUAGGUGGAAGCAGCGGUGAGAAGCUGACAGCGGUGCGCAGCUUUGCCGCUGCAAGCAGUGAGGCGCAGUACAAAGUGCGCAUCACCCUGGACAGCAAUGGCAUGUACGCCAAGGUGAUGGUCAGCGUUAUAUAGAGUUAUGGUUGAAUAGUUUUCCAUGACUUGAGGGUGCAAGGCACAUGCAGGUGAAGGAGGCCAGUGAGAUACAGCUGAGCGGUGCGGAGGAUGACGCAUACGGUUAUCUGGACUCCGUUUGCCAGAUGGCUGGGGUAGCUGUCUGCAACGUGCCCGGCGACGGAAACUGUUUUUUCCACAGCCUCCUGCUGGGCGUGGAAGCGCACAGUGGCAAGCUGAUUGAGCCGGGUCUGAACGAUCCCAAGGUGUUUCGGACGGCUACGUUGCGGAAAGCCAUGGAAGCAAUAAGAAAGUACGACAAGCAGAAUGACGAGGAGCCUGACCGGCGCUUCCAGGGAACAGCUGUCCCUGCUGACAGCACGACAGAACGAGGUCACUCAGGUUAUGGAACACCUCUCACAGGAUCGUGGCACUGCUAUGUAUGUGUAUCCAGAGACGAUUCACAUUGCAAAGUUGUUGGUUGACAUCCAGCAGAAGCCAAUUCUCGUGUUCGAGGCCGGUAAAACUG